AUGCAGGGCAACAAGAAGGGCACAGAUGGCUUCAGCGACUCCUCAAGCAUUGGGAGCCUGCUGGAUGAUGCGGAUCGUGAAGUUAGCAGCCUCACAGACCGAGCCUUCCGCAGCCUGUGCAUCUCCGAGGACACAGCCUUCAGCGAGUCCCCAGAACUUACCUACCAGGUGCUUGGAACCCUCCACCAGGGCACUGUGAGCCAUACGCAGAGGAAGAGCGGCAUUUGGAGCCAUUUACCCUCACAGAGCACAGAGCAUGCUGGCUGGGCAGCCACUUUCCAGCAGUUACCCAAGUACGUGCAAGGAGAGGAGAAGUACCCCAAAGGCAGCCCCCCACCAACGCCAGCCCAGAGGAAGCUGGAGGUGCCAGUUUCUGGCCUGAGGAGCAGCAACAAGCCCCUUUCCAAAGUGUCAUCCCUAAUUAAAUCCUUUGACAGGCCAGAGAGCCAGCGUGGUGACAGCAGGCCUCCCCCAAGCAAGCCUCCCACUCUGAAAACUGCCCCCAAGUUUGCUCCUCUUCCAGAAAGUGGUGUCAACUUCUGCUUUGAUUCAGCCUUUCUAACUGUCAGGAGGGUGCCUGCCGAAGUCUCCAGCACUCACCAAAGCAGCCAUCAGCCUGACAGGAAGCACGGGGAGCAGGAGUCCCCAAAGAACACUGAAAUAGCCUAUCACAGCUCCAGCAGCUUCCUCCCAACCUCCAAUGAUGCCUCCAGCUCCUUUGACUCCAAGUUUCACUCCCCAGCCCACAAGCCAGCCAAAGGUGAGCCCGGAGGAGGCAAGGAGUGGGCUCCCAAAGGGACUUUCCUUCAUAGUGAAAACAGUGCUUUUGAGUCGUGGAGCACCCACCAACCACGGCUGGUAAAGAGAAAAGAUUUGGCUGAAGGGCUCCCAGAAAGCAAAGACCCCAAACAUUACCAGGAUGUACCCCUUCUAAGAGAAUCCCACCCACCUGAGUACAAAGUCUCCCCCAGCCAAGUUCCAGCUGGCUGUAGUCAGGAAGAGAGCAAGCUACUCACUGGGACUCUCUCCACAUCUGGAUCCUGGGCCCCAAGGGACCCUGGAACCCAGGUGUUCACUAUGGAGGGAAAGGCUUCCAGCUCCCAAGCUAACCCCCAAGGGAAGCCAACACAGCCACCAUGGAGGAAACCAAAGAUCAGCAAGGGAAGCAAAGAAAGUCUACAAGAUACUUCAGAAGAAAAGAAACAGCAUCACAAAAGGGCUCCCACUUUGUAUGCAAAGCAGACCCCCCAGGGACAAUUUCCUGAAGAUGAAUCUCCUGACCUGACUGUGGACCCCAGCGAGCAUUACACUCCUCCUUUCAACAUCAGUAAGCUUCUAACACCCAUCAUACCCAGCAAGCAUGUCCUGGACUCGUUGAACAGCCAGCUGCCAGAGAGGAUUCCAUCACCCCCAGGACAACCCAAUGGGUACCAGGAGAAGGAGCCAGGUGAGGGCCAGUCCCGAGACAGUUACAAAUCCAAAGCCCCUAGCCUGCUGUUCAAUCUCAAGGAUGUUCGCAAGCGUGUAAAAAGCACCUAUAGUCCCAACCCUCUCUUGAAAGGCCUUGAUGAGAAAGCCAAGGUUGACAGUAAGCAAGAGACUGUUAGCAAUGGAGACAUCCUCCCCAAUGGGCUUGAGGACAGUCCUGCAAGCCAGCUUUCUAAGGAGAGAACAUCAGAUGUUCCUACAGCAUCAUAUAUCAGCACCCAGAAGGACCCUAGAGCUGACCCCAAUGGGUCAUCUGUGAACAACUACCUAAUUCUUAGCUCACCUCCAACUACUGCCUCCGUCUGUGUCAAUGGGGAAGUUGCUGAGAUGGACAGCUAUGAGAAGGCCAAUGCUGAUGGAGAGGCAAAGCUGAAUUCCACCAGACCAGGCUGUGGUCCAGACUCCAGCCAGCAUGCCCUCAGGAAACACCUUUCUCUAAAGCUCUGUAGCCGAGACCCUGAAGCUACAAAGGCUGCUGAGCCACUGCAGACCCACCAACUGCAGAAUGGGUUCUCCAGAUCAAUCUCCCAAGACACAGACCCUGAACGAGAGAUAGGCCUGCAGCACCCAAACUCCCACCAGAAGCCCUCCCCAGGGCCCCUUUCUCCUGAGGAGGAAGAUGUGUUUUAUAGUGACAGCCAGUCCGAUUUUAUGCCAGGCCUCCAAAGCAAAGCCAAAUUCAGCACCAGUUCUUCAGAUCAGUCCUUUGCCUCGUUUGAGGACCAGCAGAAGACGUGGUAUGCCGAGAGCCAGCAGGAAGACAGGAAGAAUGAUGUGAAUGCAGGUGACAGUCAGAUGAACGAGAAGCAAAGAUUUAUGGAAAACAACGGGCAACAAUACUAUGCCUUAAGUAAUGGACAUACAUGCACAGACGAGAGCAGCAAGGAGGAGAGAUUGCAAAGAGAUGGUGAGAGUUUGUCUGGAGGGAGACCAAGGAAGGCAUCAACAGAAGAAGCAAAUUUCAGAGGCUCUUGGGUUGUGGGAAAUAGGGAUACAGCACUUUCACAUGCCCAAGACCUUGCAGCAGCACCGUCUUCCACUUCAAACAAGCACAAACUGUUUACAAUUAAAGACAACACCCUCAGGGCCACCCCUGUAAUCAAGCCCAUCAUGCUGCCCCUCCUGAGGACAGUGUCUUCAGAGGACUCACCCAGUGGUGGCCACAAAGAGGCAGAAUUGCCAAGGCCAGGUGAAGAUGCUGGUCUCUGUGCCCCAGAGAACCAGAGAAUGCCUGGCACCCCAGUACCUGUCCACCCACUCUCCACUAAUAUUCAAGACACACACCGGAGGCACACAGCUCACCAGGGGCCAGAGGACCAGCUGCAAGCACCUGGCAAGGCCAAGAUAGAGACCUUCCAGCCAUCUGCAAAGAGAGAUCUCCCACCUCCUCCACUGGCAGGAGAGGGUGAAGGGAUGAGGACACCCCCAGAAGUGGUCCCUAAAGUUGUGGGGGACAACGGCAAGAGGAGCUCCACAGAACAGGGGAGGUUGAAUGCUCCAAGGAACAUCCCCAAGAUUGCUGUCUCAGAAGACAGCACAGAAGACAAGCCACCACAACACCUGCUUGGAAUGUGUUGGGAAGAGCAGACAGAAGGUUUCAAAAGUAACUUUUUGUCCACACCCAGAGCAGGGGCCACGAGGAGAAGAUUGGUUCCUGGUGAGAUGGCAACUUCACCUAACUCCAGCUCUCUGGAAGGGGAUAGCGCAUGCUCUCCCACUGCCAGCAGUGUUUGGGACAAUGCCUCUCAGGCCCCCAGUGAGCAGGGCCUGCCACCACAAGAGGUGACUCUCCUUACCAGCCCCUGGGCCAGCCUCGGCCCUUCACCAGUCACCCGGCGGGAGGACCUGACCCACGCCCUGUUGUGGGAGGAUAGCUCUGAACCCCAGCUGGAGCCAGCAGCAGAAGACCUCAGGCCUCUCUCUCCCAAAGGCUCCCUUUUGGAUGUGACCUCCAGCUCAGCAGGUCUCCCAGAAAGACCAGAGCUACCUGUGCAGCUGGAAAGGCCAGUAGGCAAGCCACCUGCAGUCCCACCUAAAACUGAGAAGGCCUUGAGGAGGGCAAAGAAGCUGGCCAGCAAGAGGAGAAAGACAGACCAGGUGCAAGGGAGGCUUGGUGAGCCCUGGGAGGAGAGGCCCUGGCCUGAGAACUCAAAGAGGGCUGAGCAGAGGCCACUAUCCCCUAAAGAGAUGCCCCGACGACCCAGUUUCCCCUCAGUCCGGUCCCUGCCCCCUCCUAUGCACCGCCACUCCGUGUCUAGCUUCUUAGAGCAUAACAGGAGGCAGCCUGGGGGGCUUCAGUCAACCAAGCCCCUGCUCCCAUAUCCUGCAACACAGAAGGUCCUCCAAGACCCCCAAUCUGGAGAGUACUUUGUCUUUGACUUGCCACUCCAGGUGAAAUUCAAGACCUUCUACGAUCCAGAGACAGGCCAAUAUUUCAAGGUCCCCAUCCCAUCCUCAGCGAGGGACUCCCCAGAACCACCCCUGGCAGACACAUUGGGUAACCACCUCCUACUGUUUCCAGGCAUCCAGCCCCUGCAUGUGACAGCCUUGACACCCUUGCGGUGCUCCUCCCAGCUCUCCACUCCCACCUUCCUGCAGCCUAGACCAUCCACCACCACUGAGGUGGCCUCUGUUGGGCACCAGGCCCCCCAUGAGGCUGGACUGCAGCGUACCCCUGAGGCCUCCAGGAACUCCACCCAGAAUGUGCCCAGCCAGUACCCCGAUGGGCCUCCCCAGAGCCCAGAUGAGGAGGGCAGAGAUGCUCCAAGCCUGGAGAUCAUCGCCAUCAAUAAUUUGGAGGACUUUGCCACCGAAGGCAUUUCCUGA